AAGGACCUCCGUAGCCCCGCCUCUGCUCAUUGCAGCGCGGAAGUUGGUUUUCGGAGUGCGGACGGGAUGUUGUGGAUUACUGUAAAAUAGUGUGAAACACGUCGACAGUUCUCCGUAUUUUUCCUGGAAGAUUUGGUAUUCUGAACGGUAACAACAGCCUGUUGAGGUAAAAUGUUGGAGUGUGGCAUGCUGAAGCGGGACAGACAGGCUCUGCGGAGACACUCUGCUACUCUCUGCAGAGAGAUGGUGGUGGACGAGCUGCUCAUUCAGUCUCUACAAGCGGACAACAUCCUCACUGAGAGCAUGGCAGAGAACAUUAUGGUUGAGCAAACAUCUCACAAACGAAGCUGGCGUUUGCUACAACUUCUACCAAAGCGAGGUCCCAAAGCCUUCAACAGCUUUUGCUCAGCUCUGAGAGACACUGAGCAGCAACAUCUGUGUGAACUAUUCACACAGUCACCAGAGAAAGAUGGCACAGAGACACAUCUAGAGAGUACUCAGCCUGAAGAAGAGCCAGAGGGACAGGCAGGGCGACUGGUCAUGCAGACACCAGCAAAGAAGAGAGAGGUGAGCAGAUCAUCCUCAGUAAACAGAGAGGAAAAGAGUGAGGUGAGCAGCACCUCAUCAUGCCCAGUCCAAGCCUCAGAUAGCUGCCUGCGCUCAGAGUCAUCAUUCACAGGUUCGGCCCCAGUCAGACAGGAAGACAGGAACAAAGAGAGACUGAGGAAGAAGAAGAGAGUAAGAGUUAGCUGGACACAUAGGCAUGCAGACUCUUCUCUUCCACUUUCAACCCAGGAGGAAAUUGCAGCCAAAAGAGCAAGGACACAUGAGUCCAUGGAGUUCAGUCUGGAUGCAGAUAGUCCCAUCAACACUCCUGUGCUCCCGUGCACUCAAGACUUCUACCUCUCUCACUACCAGCAGUCCUACAGAAUGAAUUCACCUCGACGUGGCUUUGCCUUGAUAAUCAGUAAUGUGACAUUUGACCCUUGUGCUGCGCCUGACCUUGACCCUAGAAAGGGAGGUGAGGUGGAUGACGAAGUCCUGAGGAAGGUCUUUACAGAGCUGGACUACCUGGUUACAGUCCACAGAGACCUCACUGCUCAGGGCAUAAGAACAUGCAUUGAGAACUUUUGCCGGCGGCCGGAGCACCGGAACGUGGACAGCUGUGUGGUGUGUCUGCUCUCCCACGGAGUGGAAGGAGCUAUAUAUGGCACAGACGGACAGCUGCUGCAGCUGGACUGGGUGUUUGAGGCCUUUGACAAUGCGCACUGUCCACUGCUACAGAACAAACCCAAGAUGUUUUUCAUCCAGGCCUGCAGAGGAGAGGAGAUGGACUGUGGAGUGGAGCAGAUAGAUGGACCGGCAAGGACCUGCUCUCCAAGCUGUGAACAGCGGGAUGCUGGGAGGGAAGGACAGGGGGAUGCAGAUUCCAGACAGAGGGGGGACAUGGGGAGACCCAGGAUAAAACUGCCCCAGCGCUCCGACAUGAUCUGUGGCUUUGCAUCUCUCAAAGGUCAGAGAAUUUGCACAGCAGCCAUGCGGAACACCAAGAGAGGAUCCUGGUUUAUCCAGGAACUCAACACAGCACUCCGCCUCCAUGCCAGAGACACACACCUUGCAGACAUCCUUGUGCAGGUCAACGGGCGGAUCAAGGAGCGGGAGGGUUACGCCCCUGGCACUGCCCACCAUCGCUGCAAAGAGAUGUCAGAGUUCACCAGCUCGUUGUGCAAAGACCUCUUCCUGUUCCCCAAGUACCAGCCCCAGUAUUGAUAUGCAAAUAUGCACAUAUACACACUCAGAGUAACAUACACAGAUCCAUUCCUCGCAUCGAAGACUAAGGGCACAGACUCAUUCAUUCCAAGCCUACUCCUGCUAUACACUCACACAUUCCCCUGUUACAACUUCACACACUCUCAUCCAAACAGAGGAUUUAUUCAUUCAUAUUUUCUGUGUAAAUACUGCCUCCCCGAACCCGCACACACACUCACAGAAAUCUUGGAGUGCAAAAAAAAAAAAAAAAGGAACAAGCUUAUGUUAAUCUACAUGUACUCGGAAAUGGGCAACGUAUUAGUGUACAACUUACUAGUGUAUCAGUGUGUGUCUGUGUCUAUGCCAGUUAUAGGGUUUAGAUGUUAAUCCCUUUUAGUCAAAGACAGAAUCUUAUUUUUUUGCCGUUUGUUUUCUUACUGCACAGCUACUUUAAGGUUUCACAGGUGUCUCUUUUUAAAAUGUAUUUUGUACACAGAUUUAUUUUUGUGGCUUUAUUUUGUAUGUACUUGUUUUUAUAAGGAUUUUUAAGCCCAUUUUCUUCUAUUUGUACAUAAUGUUUAUUGGAAGUGACCAAUUGUUGUUUUUACUAUAGU